AAUGGUAUUGAACGCCCGCUACGUGUCAACGACAGUUCAAACGAAGCAUCUUCAUCUAGCGCAAACAACAUCUCGUUAUCGAAUGUACGAUCAGCCUCAACAAGUGCAGGUGGCUUGCCGGGUUCAUCGAGUCACAGCGGUGUAACGUCACUGAAUGCACCCAAACGACUCUUCUCGCCCUCGAACUCAACAGCUCCUUGCAAUGGUAAUCUUAUGACGCGUUCGUCGAUCGAUUCGGCUGGUUGUGGCUCGGAAUUUGCACGGUCACCAGAUGAUGCCGUUUAUGCGCCACAUAGAUUCGGUUGGUCCUUUGAAAGAUUGGUUUUGCUGAUAUUAUUGUUGUUGUUGGUGUGA